AUGCGCAAGCCAAAAGAUACAUUCGCUCGUCAACUGAUCCGUAUGUCAUGGUCGAAAUAUAAUUUGUAUACGAUUGCCACGCGUGGCAGGCAAGCGCCUCGCCUAGGAAACCGCACACUCUAUCAACAGAAAUGGACCGCAAAACGAGAAACACGUGCAUAUCAUGGAGGACAAAUUAACGAAAGACAAUUUCUUAGAUUAUUUAAUCCCAAAAUACCAACGAGCAAUACUAGAGUAGCCGGGCAAGAAAAAGACCAAAAGCAUCCUCCUGCCGUUGUACUGACGUUUGCCAGUAUAGAAAGGAGACUGGAUACCAUUGUAUUCAGAGCGUGUCUAGCAACGAGUAUUUGGCAGGCCAGACAAAUGGUUUUACAUGGAAAGGUGUCAGUGAAUGGUGUGAAGACGCCAAGCCCCUCACACCAAGCAUCUCCAGGCGAUAUAAUCUCUGUCAUUCCUAAUGCAAUUCCGCUUCUUAGUGAACCAGCUACUGAGUCUGGACUCACUUUUGUUCGUCGCCCAUUUAUGCAACCGUUCAUAUUCAUACCGGACUACUUAGAGGUCAACUUUAACACGUGCUCAAUCGUGUACUUACGGAAUCCGAUCUCACGGCCAGGAAAAAGUGAAAUUCCAUCUCCAUUCCCACCAGACUUGCACGCAUUGGCAUACGAAUUAUAUGUAUCUAGGAAAAAGAAGAGGACGUCUAGACAGCAGCUACGACCGGAAAAGUUUGUUUGA